AUGAGCAGAGCAGGAGGCGUUCCCGUUCCCGAUGCCUGGGACGACGACUGGGAAGCUCAAGCUGACCGGCUCGACCGUAAAGACACGAAGGAGCCGCAGGCCGUUCCGCAGCCCAACCUGAGCAGACAAGAACGCAUGCAGCAGCACGCCGAGGCGAACAGGAAACUAUGGGAAUCAGCCGAUUCGACAACAGAGACCUUCCACUACAUUGAAGCCAACGGCGGCGGCGUCCCUCUCACCACCACCUUCAAGCCCCAGGUCAAGGUCCUCAGCCGCAAGCCCGUCAUCGCCAAGAAGGACCCCGUCACGGGCCUGGCACAAAUGUCCCUCGACGACGGCGAUGACGCUCGGCCGCAGCAGGCGCAGAUGACGCCCGACGAAAUACGCGCAAAGCAGAAGCGCGACCGCGAGGAGAAGCAGCGGCGCUACGACGAGGCCCGAGCAAAGAUCUUUGGCGAGUCCGCCCCUUCGUCGCGCGGGUCGUCGCCGGGGACAGGCACCGUUACGCCUCCGAGGACGGAAGGACGAGGGUCGUACCGUGGGCGUGGUAGGGGGCGCGGUGGGAACUACAGCGGCGGCUAUAGCUACGGCAACAAUGCCGGCAGUGGCAGCAGCAAUAACAACAGCAGCAGUGCUAUCAAUAACGAGAGCAGCGGACAGCAGUUUGAACCUCGGCGACCUGCCGCUCAACCUGGCCCUAGGAGGGAGCUGUUCGACCCCAGCUCUUCCCCGAAGCCAGAGUCGCUCCGACGAGGAGGCAGCGAUUCUCCCAUGCGAGGCCAGGGGGGGCGAGACGAGCACCAAGCAAUUCGAGCGCCUAGAGGACCGGAUGGAAGUGGUAGAGGAGGCUUUGGCUUUGCACGGCGUGGUGGCAGCAGAGAUACUUGA